GUUCGUUAACUUUCGCAUGGAAUGUCGCCGUGCUGCGACGGUGUCCUUGAGCGGUUCACGUCGCAUAGCAUCUGAUUUUUUGCCGAGUAAUGAACGAGUCACUUUCAUUGCAUAGGGACUGACCUAAGGCGUGGGUAGCGGGCGACGAAACCUGCAUUUGAUAAAUCCUAAGGCGAGGGUAGAUGCGUCUGUCGUGCGACGAGCGCAGUUUGUCCACGCGGUGACUGGUUACAGGGGAGAUUCUGUCUCACACGUCGCCAUGCGACUGGUGAAGCCGUCGUGGGUGUCGCACGGCGGACAGGCGAUUUUCGCGAUUCACGUGCAUCCGGAUGGGACAAGAUUCGCCACUGGCGGGGGGGACCACAAGGCCGUUAUCUGGAGCCUGCCGCCGCUGCUUACCCCUGAGUCCGAGUCAGAUGCCUCGCUCCCCUCUCGCCUCGCCACUCUCUGCGACCAUUUUGGGGCUGUCAGCUCUGUCAGGUGGUCCCACAAUGGGCUGCAUCUGGCCACAGCAGCGGACGACCAGACGGUGCACGUGUACGGAAGGAGGGAGGGGCGGGGGAGCGUGGUGUUUGGAGAGAUGGGCGCACCGAAUGUGGAGAACUGGAAGCUCAUGCACACACUGCGAGGCCACACAGGGGAAGUGGUCGAUGUUGACUGGUCUCCUGAUGAUUCUCUCAUCGCCACCUGCAGCCUCGACAGCACGGUGCGCAUCUGGCAGCCAAUGACAGGGCGCCAGGUGGCGGUGCUGACCGGGCACAGCAGCUUUGUGAAGGGCGUGGCGUGGGACCCCAUUGGCCGCUUCGUCGGCAGCCAAUCCGACGACAAGAGCGUGAUCGUGUGGCGGACCAACGAUUGGUCGGUUGCGAAACGCGUGGAGGGGCCUUAUCCAAAAUCUGUAGGAGCGACUUUCUUUCGCCGCCUCUCCUUCUCCCCCUGUGGCUCCUACCUCACUACAGUCCACGCCUUUGCCGACCCAAAUCACACCGCGGCGAUCCUAGACCGCACGCUCGGGUGGGCCAAGACCUUGGACUACGUCGGGCACACCGGACCUGUCACCGUGGCUCGGUACAGCCCCGUGCUCUACCGAACCACGCUGGGGGCUGCCGAACCUGGGAAGGGUGGUUCCAAGGGCGAGGGGGAGAGACGAAGUGUAGCUGGGGGUGGUGAGAAAGGGGAUGGUGGCGCUGAUGCUGCUGCAAGUGGUACUGGUGCUACAGGUGCCACUGGUGCCGAGCCUUCUGGGGAUGGGGAUGGUGAUGGUGGUGCGGCUGCUGCUGAUGUAGGCACGGUUUCUACUGCGGUUGCUUUGUCUGCUACUCCUCCUCCUGCUCCGUCUGCUGCUGCUGCUGCUACUGUUGGUGAUGAUGGUGUGCCGGUGAAGGAUGGUGAUUCUAAGGAGGGAAAGUUUGCAACAGUUUCUGCGCUGUUUCUUGUUACAGAGAAGGGGAAGGGGGAGGGAGGGGAGGGGAGGGGAGGAGGAAAUUUGGAGAGCGGAGCACGGCGAGGGGGUUUGAUAGGAGAGGAGAGGAAGGGAGAAGGCGACAGGACGAAGGGAGAGGAGGAGGCGAGAGAGAAGGAGAGAGUGAGGGAGAAAGAGGAGAGGGAGAGGGAGAGGGUGAGAGUGAGGGAGGAGGAGAGGGAGAGGGAGAGAGUGAGGGAGGAGGAGGAGAGGGAGAGGGAGAGAGUGAGGGAGGAAGCAACGGCGUUGAUGAGGAGUGGGGCGUAUGGGUGGAUGGCGUUGGGCGGCAUGGAUCGGAAGGUUACGCUGUGGCCCACGUACCGCCCUUCACCGCUCUUCACUGCGAAGAACCUCUUCAAGCAGCCUGUGCUGGACAUUGCAUGGUCUCCAUGCGGAAUGCACAUGCUCUGUUGCUCGGCGGACGGCACUGUAGCAGCCUUCCUCUUCGACCAAUCAGAGCUCGGCAUUCCACUGACGCAGUGCGAGAUGAGGGACCGCAUCGCCAGCCUGUACGGCCACCGCCACGUGGCGGCGCCCCAUUCGCUCGUGGAGGAUCCAGAGCUGCUGGCGCUGCAGCAGCAGGUGGAGAUAGAGGCGGCGGCUGCUGCUGCUGCUGCUGCUGCUGCUGCUGCUGGAAGGAUAGUGGCAAGAGGAGGCACUGCAGCAGCAACAGUAGCUGGUGGUGGUUCAGCUGUGCAGAUGACGUCUGAGAGCGUGAAAAGGCAGCAGGUGGUGGGGAGGAGGAAGGAUGGGCGGAAGCGAAUCACGCCUGUUGCUAUCACCUCUAUAAUGGCUGAACCGCCUGCACAGCUGGAUGCAGUGCCAGCGGCAGCACAUGCAGGGGUUGCUGCUGCAACAGCGGCAGCAGCAGCAGCAGCAGCAGCAGCACCAGCGGUAACAGCAGCACCAGUGGUGGCAGCAGCACCGGCAACAGCAGCUGUAGUAGCAGCGGCAGCAGCAACAACAGCAAAAACACCAGCAGCAGCACCAGCAAGAGUUGCAACAGUAGCAGCACCAGCACCAACACCAGCACCAGCACAAACUGCAGCAGCGGCAACAGCAGCAGCAGCAGCAGCAGCAGCAGCAACAACAGCACCCGCACCAGUACCACUGUCAGCAUCAGCUGCUGCAGCAAAGAGAGUCCCUAGCCCACAGCAGCACCAACAGAAUGGUAACCAGCAACCCGGUAACCAGCAACCUGGUAACCAGCAGCAGCCGCAGCAGAGUCUGAAACCGUAUUCAACCGCUGCCGUACCCGGGCCAAGCACAGGAGGCACCCAAGACAGAGAGAACAAGAGGCAAAAGCUGGGGGAAAGGCUGGGGGAAAGGUUGGGGGAAAGUGUUGGGGCGGAAGGAGCAGAUGGGAGAGGGUUCGGGGUGGAUUGGAGGCUGAGAGAUGGGGUAGGCCGCUCAGGGCGACAUGGGGUGGGCCCGGGGAGACACGGGAUGGACAGCUUGGGGAGGGAUGGGGUAGGAAGCUCAGAGAGAAACGGGAGGGGCGCGUAUGGGGUAGGGAGUGGUUGGAGAGGAGGGAAGCCUGGUGAGGGAGGAAGAGGAGGAGUGGGGAACGGAGAAGGUGAUGGGAAGGCCGGGAGUGUGGUGUAUGCAAGUGUGCCUGCUGAUGCCAUGGCCUUGCAAAGGGCUGCAGCUGCUGCUGCUGCUGGUGUUGGUGCUCCUCCUGCUGCUGCCGGUAGUAGUGGUGGUCGCAAUGCUGGUUCUGCACCUACAUCUGAGGCUUCUCGACAGCUAUGGAAUGGUGAAGCCAGGGUGGUUCUGGAAGCGAGGAUGCAGGGAGCGACAGACGCCUCUCCCUCUGACCUCGUCUGCUCUCUCAACAGCCAUGUCUUGUGGCGGGACCGACUCAAUUCCUCUGUCACUGCCAUUGCUGGCUGCCCACCCGCUGCUUCCCACCCCUCAACACAAGCCCAGUUGCCUGGGGGCACUCUGUGGGCUGUGGCCUUUGCCAACCGAUCUCUCCUGAUAUUAUCUUCUGCCGGCCGGCGGCUCCUCCCCGAGAUCCUCCUGGACUCUCCCGCCGUCCUUCUCUCCUGGUCCGGCGCCGAACCUGCAGCUUUGUCUGCCCCCGAACCUCCAGCCUGGUCCGGCGCCGAGCCUAGGAACCAGGCCUGGUUCGGGGUGUCAAGAAACCACCGGCUCGUGUUCAAGAGCCCCCUGGAUCAGCUGGGAGGGGGAGUGAGGUUGUGGGACAUGGGGCGGCUGCAGCUGCUGGUCGAUGGUGAUAUGCGCGCGUUGGGUGCUGAGGCAACAGAAGGUACCCUGCGCAUAGCAUCCGCUCGCCUCCUCCCCCCGCGCACCCCAAUAGUAACGCUCCUGUCGGGGAAAUCCUUCCUGCUCCACCCCUCCCUGCACGCCUGGAUGCCCCUCUCUCGGCCCCACCCCUCUUCGCGCCUCUCGUCCAAUUGGCGGCCGCCACCUGGCGCUUUCCAAGCUGGGGGGAUGCGAGGUGUUGCCAGAGAUGGUGGCGGUGGUUCAGGUGGUGCUGCUGCUGGUGGGGCGGUUGCUCUGCUCUCAAGGCAGGCACCUGGAGAGGAGGCUCACGCCACAAGAGCCCACCUGGAGAACGCCCUGGCAGCGUGUCGUCUGUUGAAUUCACCUGACGAGUUCAGGAGGCUCCUGGCGGAAUAUGUGCGCCUGCUGACCAAGGAGGGCGACGAGGGUCGUCUGAGGGAAGUCUGCCAGGAGCUCCUUGGCCCUGUGGACACUGGACAGCAUGCGGUUACCACAAACAGGGGUGGCUUGGUUACGGAUGGCUCUGCGGGUCCAGCCAUUCGGCAUACUCCACAAGUUGAUGAGGAUGUGCGAAAAAAACGUGGCCUUCUACGAGCUGUGGUGUUCCCAGCCUUGCUCUCAAGCAGGCGGAUGCAAAGAGUGUUGUUAGAGUAUAUGGAUCUUGUUAAGGAAGCUGAGGCUGGAUGAAUUCAAUUAUGUAUAGGAGGGUGAAGCACUUUUGAGUGUUUAUCAGGCCCUCAGAUUCAUUUUAGGCCACGCUGAUUGACCAGUGUCAAUCUCAUAAAACACCCUGAAAAUCAGUUUUUGGUAGUGGUUUUCUUACUGGUU